CGUAAAAAUAGUACUAUGAAUUAAAAGCAGUCAAUUGUGUGAUGAGUUUACAAUUUUCAUCGUCUUUGGUUUUGUUUUUAUGGAUAUUUUAGCGAAAAUGUUUGUUUAGCGUGAGUACAUAAACACAACGUCAAGUUUUAGUUUGCAAAGCAUUGUGGGAUUGUAGUGUGCUGUCAGUUACUUCUCCUUCCUUCAUCCGAGCUUUACUUACCAGAAGAACUACAUUUCCCUGCAUGCCGUAGUCGUAAAUACGGAAGUACAACGUCUUUGGCGUGAACGACGGUUGCUAUCAGUAUUCAGCGAGUUCAGAUAAUGUUUGGAUAGUUUGUUAGCGCUUCCUAGCAAGUCGAAGAUCGCUAAACAACUGACGAAAUGUUAAAAAACGGUAAUAUCAGAUUAAAACUGUUUAAUGGGAUUCAUAACAAUCAAAAAACAAAAACGAUUAUGAACCGUCAUUUUAAUAGCGUAAAAAUAGUACUAUUAAUUAAAAACAGUCAAUUGUGUGAUGGGUUUACAUUUUUUAUCGUCUUUGGUUUUGUUUUUAUGGAUAUUUUAGCACGGCGAUUAGCGAAAAUGUUUGUUUAGCGUGAGUACAUAAACACAACGUCAAGUUUUAGUUUGCAAAGCAUUGUGGGAUUGUAGUGUGCUGUCAGUUACUUCUCCUUCCUUCAUCCGGGCUUUACUUACCAGAAAACCUACAUUUCCCUGCAUGCCGUAGUCGUAAAUACGGAAGUACAAGGUCUUUGGCGUGAACGACGGUUGCUAUCAGUAUUCAGCGAGUUCAGAUAAUGUUUGGAUAGUUUGUUAGCGCUUCCUAGCAAGUCGAAGAUCGCCAAACAACUGACGAAAUGUUAAAAGACGGUAAUAUCAGAUUAAAACCGUUUAAUGGGAUUCAUAACAAUCAAACAAAAACGAUUAUGAACCGUCAUUUUAAUAGCGUAAACAUAGUACUAUGAAUUAAAAACAAUCAAUUAUGUGAUGAGUUUAAAUUUUUUAUCGUCUUUGGUUUUGUUUUAUGAAUAUUUUAGCACGGCGACUAGCGAAAAUGUUUGUUUAGCGUGAGUACAUAAACGCAACGUCAAGUUUUAGUUUGCAAAGCAUUGUGGGAUUGUAGUGUGCUGUCAGUUACUUCUCCUUCCUUCAUCCGAGCUUUACUUACCAGAAGAACUACAUUUCCCUGCAUGCCGUAGUCGUAAAUACGGCAGUACAAGGUCUUUGGCGUGAACGACGGUUGCUAUCAGUAUUCAGCGAGUUCAGAUAAUGUUUGGAUAGUUUGUUAGCGCUUCCUAGCAAGUCGAAGAUCGCCAAACAACUGACGAAAUGUUAAAAAACGGUAAUAUCAGAUUAAAACUGUUUAAUGGGAUUCAUCAAAAACAAAAACGAUUAUGAACCGUAAUUUUAAUAGCGUAAACAUAGUACUAUGAAUUAAAAACAAUCGAUUAUGUGAUGAGUUUAAAUUUUUUAUCGUCUUUGGUUUUGUUUUAUGAAUAUUUUAGCACGGCGACUAGCGAAAAUGUUUGUUUAGCGUGAGUACAUAAACGCAACGUCAAGUUUUAGUUUGCAAAGCAUUGUGGGAUUGUAGUGUGCUGUCAGUUACUUCUCCUUCCUUCAUCCUGGCUUUAUUUACCAGAAAAACUACAUAUCCCGGCUUGCCGUAGUCACAAAUGCGGAAGUACAAGGUCUUUGGCGUGAACGACGGUUGCUAUCAGUAUUCAGCGAGUUGAGAUAAUGUUUGGAUAGUUUGUUCGCGCCUCCUAGCAAGUCGAAGGUCGCCAAACAACUGACGACAUAAGUGUCUUUCUUUAAAAAAUGGCCACUAUUGUAUUUUACUCCUUCAAAAAUAGAGCACAAGCUACGUCGAGGCGAAGCUUCAUUUCAAAUUUAAAGUGGCUUUCUAGAGCCGGACAGUCGCGUCCGUCAUGUCCCCCUUCCAGCGGUCCUUUGACAACAUCCAGGACUACCGGGGUCCGGUUCAUGUCCCAUGGGACCGCAGCCGGUCGAAGCAGGAGGGGAGUCUUGGCGCUGAGCGGAGCCGCUGCAGUCACCACAGCAGCCGCGGCGUUGGCAGGCUUUCUAGCCAACGUCAACCACUUCCGGCAGGCUGAGAUGGCCACUUUGGUACCCCGAGCAGCCGAGGAGACGGACCAGGAGGGGGACAUUUUAAGCAGAUGCCGCGGGUUCAUGUCUCCUCCAGUCACCGACGUGGCUGUACUGCAGGAGAGAAAAGACGAGAUGUGUACCAGGAUGGAGAUGCUCAUCAUGGAGACGCAGGCCGAAUUCUGCAAAGCCUUGCAAGAGGUGGACGGCGGGACCUUCAAGGUUGACCGGUGGGAUAGAAAAGAAGGUGGUGGGGGGAUCAGCUGCGUCAUGCAGGAUGGAGAAGUGUUCGAGAAGGCUGGAGUCAACGUUUCUGUGGUGUUCGGACACCUGACGGAAGACGCCGCCCGGCAGAUGAGGAGCAGAGGGAAGGUCCUCAAAGGGAAGGAUGGCAAGCUUCCGUUUUGUGCCAUGGGCGUGAGCUCCGUCAUCCACCCCAAGAACCCCCACAUCCCCACCGUGCACUUCAACUACAGAUACUUCGAGAUCGAAGAGGAGGACGGCUCCAAGCAGUGGUGGUUCGGAGGGGGCACAGACCUGACUCCAGUUUAUGUCAAUAAAGACGACGCCUUUCACUUCCAUAACACCCUGAAGGAGGCCUGCGACAAGCACCAUUCCCAGUACUACCCCGACUUCAAGAAAUGGUGCGACAGGUAUUUCUACAUCCGUCACAGAGGAGAGACUCGCGGCAUCGGAGGGAUCUUCUUCGACGACCUCGACGCCCCCGGCCAGGAGGAGGCCUUCGGCUUUGUGAAAAGCUGCGCCCGCACCGUGGUGCCGUGCUACCUCCCCAUCGUCUACAAACACCUCCACGACCCCUUCACUGACCACGAGAAGCACUGGCAGCAGGUGCGGCGAGGAAGGUACGUGGAGUUCAACCUGGUGUACGACCGCGGGGUGAAGUUCGGCUUGGCCACGCCCGGAUCCAGAAUCGAGAGCAUCCUGAUGUCCCUGCCCCUCACCGCCAGGUGGGAGUACAUGCACGAGCCCGCCCGCGGUACCCGAGAGGCCGAGAUGCUGGAGGUGCUCCGAAACCCCAAGGAGUGGGUGUGACCUCAGCGUGUUCUAAAAAUAGACUUAAAAUGAUCUUUUUGUUAUUUUUCUUGUGAAGCGGCCGUGUGGUCAUGUGACACUGGCGUGUAUGAAUGUACAUGAUGCUGUCUGUCUGCUCUUUCCAGUUGUUGACCGUUAGGAUUAGGUUCUGUCUAAAUGUCAGGUGGGUGCUGCCUUCACAAACACCCCAAAGGUUUUUCACGUAUGUAUGUAUGUACGUAUGUAUGUAUGUAUGUAUGUAUGUAUGGAUGCAUGGAAAGAUCGUGAUCAAACACAAGGCACAUUUCACAUCUUUUAUUACAAAUACAUGUGCAUAUUAAUAAGGUUUCCUUUGCAUUUUGUGUUGCCUUGCUAUCUCUACAGCAUAUAUCUUGGCUAAGGCAUUGCGUAACAGAGCCCAGUGAGUAAAAAAAUGGCGACCAACACGACUCCUGAGGCUCCCGUUGAAGUGUCGACGUUCACAGAUCAACUCGUAACAAAACAUGACAAAAAUUAGAAGUAAUUAGUGCUUGUGUGGUCCUCAAACGUCUCACACCAACUACCACCUCAAAUGUUCAACUUAUUGCAAACUAAAAAAUAUCUUGGCGUUCCACUGAAUGGCGCCUCCGUACCACCAGUAGUACUGGUGCCACAGUUUGAGUACUAUCAAUGUAGGUGAAAUGAAUUGCAUUUUAUGUUACAUUCAAGUCAAUUCCCUCUUGAAGCUAAAAAAAAAAAAAAAACUUUAAAUUUCAGGUUUGUUUUGACAAUUUUUAGUGAUCAAAGUAUUUACUUGCAUCCAAAGUGCUUUGACUUCUUGAUGUGCUAGUAUAAUUCCAUUAGUAUCAAAGCACACAAAUAUACAUGUACUGCAUUUAUAUACACAUAUACACACACAUGCUCAACAUGGACUUUGUCCUCUACUGCAUUAAAUACAACAAUCUUCUCUUCCUAUGCAAGGAACUCCUUCAAGUGCACGUAAGGAAGGAAGUGAAACAGUCAGCAAGAAGAAGAAGACGAGGCAUGAAGGCAUGGAACUUGGCAUGCACUGAUCCUGGUAUCAAACUGCUGGCUGCAAGUCGCCAAUUCCCUGCCUCCAUGCCUCCAUGCCUCCAUGCACGCCCCCUAGCGGUUACAAUCCCUCAAUGCGGAUCGGGAGCAGACUCGGAAUCCACGUCCACACGCACGCGUGGACUUUCCUAUUGGACUCUCGUCUGCUCGCUGAUGUUGAAAAUGUUUGCGUGUGGAUAACACCCCCCCCCCCCCCCCCUCCGGUCCCAUCAUAUAUCCAUGCACAACAUUCCAUAAGCAUAUCUUUUUUUUCCUGACUUUUCCAUAACGUCUUCCAAUGUUUUCAUCCCAUUCUGCUAGCAUUUCCUGAUUGAAAAUAAGUUAACAAUUCAACCAAUUGGCUCGUUUGGCAAAGUAUGAAUAAAUGUAAACUUGCACUGCAAUGAUGAGACAAUGAUGCCAAAUAUGAUCAUAACCAGUAUAACGUUCAUACGUUAUACCUGCACUAAAAACACCAACCCUUCAACCCUUCAUUUCCACUCCAACGUCUUCAUACUUUUGGCCUCACGUUUUACGUCUGAUUGACGGGUGACAGCAUCCUUCCUCGGAUGACAUCUUGAUACUAAUGCUAAGCUGGAAAAUGUUGGAUUCAUCCAUCAUCA